CUGCUUGCGUUCGGCAACGAUGGCGAUGAUGUUAGGAAAAGUGAAGGUGGAGAAGAAAAAAAGGAGACAGUAGAUGAUGACAUGGUCAUCUACCCCAUCACAAGCGAGACCCUUAUGGUACUCACCCAUGGUUUCACUGUACGAGCAAGUCGGUCUCUGGUUUCAGCAGGAUGCUCAGCACCUCGUCGGAUGCUCAAAACUGUGCGAAUGCCACUUCUUGCUUCUUCUGAUGUUAUAAGUAGCACCUCCCAGCACCCUGACAAGAAAAUCAGCUGGCAUACAAUCCGACUCGGGCUUGAUCUUCGCAGACAACUAGUUUCCCCUUGGGGUUCGAUCACCUUUCUUCAUUUUACAAACCUUCUUCAACCGAGAGAACUUGGAGAACCAUGGCCACCGAUAUGUUGUCUGUGUUCAGCGUUGCGCCAUAUGCUUUUGUGGUCGGGCUGGUAGGCAUCUCGUAUCUUUUCAUUUGGCCAUUUAUGCAGUAUCUCCGGGAUCCGAAAGGGCUGCGGAAAUAUCCUAAUCUGACUCCCAUCUCAGGGAUGUCUGCAAUCCCCUUCAUGUUCAUGGCUUCACGCGGAUUCCGCUCUCGCGAGCUGAUGGAGCUACACCGGGAGAAGCCCGUUAUCCGCACAGGCCCUAAUAUGCUGUCAUACGGAGACGUACGCGCCAUCAAGGACAUCUAUGGACACAACACCAAGUGCAUCAAGGACCCGUCGUACGUCAUCACGGCGGGCACUCACUACCAUUUGGCCGAUGUCGUGGACAAGCCAGAUCACGCCCGGAAGCGCAAAGUUCUGUCUUCGGCAUAUGCUUUGAAGAAUUUGGAGACAUGGGAGCACAAGGUCAGCGACAAGUGCGAGAAGGUGGUCGCACACUUUGACCGUGUGUGCACGGCAGCUCCGUCCGCAGCAGUGGCAGCGGGAAAGCAAGCUCCUGAUCGAGCUGACUUGACUCUGGAUUUCCGGGCGUGGACAAACUUUUUCACUUUAGACGCCAUUGCUGACAUUGGUCUGUCAGAGAAGCUGGGCUUCCUAGAUCAAGGACAUGAUCUCUGUGUGGCGCAGCGCAAGGAUGGUAGCACGUAUGAGGUGUCCCUGCGUGAGGCUCUCUACCCGACAGCGCGGAAACAAUCACUCAUCCUCUGGAACUACGAGUGGUAUCCGACCCUCAACCGGCUGGUGAACGUGAUUCCGUAUUUCAAGCGCAUGCAACAGUCCUCCGAUCACUGGGACAACAUCAUCUGGCGUCGCGGAACCGAGCGACUGCGACGGUACGAAGAAGGCGAGCGACUGGAUGACUUCUUCCAAGCAUUGAUGGAGGACAAGAACGGCCGUGCCAAUCAACUCGAAUGGGGCGAGGUGCUGGCUGAGGUCAAUAUCAUGAUGAACGCGGGCAGUGUGACCACCGCUAUCGCCAUCACCAACGUGAUGUACCAGCUGCUGAAGAACCCCGAAUGUCUGCAGAAGCUGCGAGCUGAAGUGGAUGCCGUCCUUGACCCGGACGAGAUCAUUGCGCCAUACGACAAAGUGAAGCACCUGCCUUAUCUACGGGCAUGUCUGGACGAGUCGCUCCGUAUCUUCCCACCUACUUCUCACGGAUUGCCGCGCGAAACGCCACCAGAGGGAAUGGAGAUCCUUGGCCAGUGGGUCCCAGGUAACACCACCGUCAGCAUGUCGGCAUUUGUGGCUCAUCGAGAUGAGAGAGCGUUCCGCAAAGCCGACAAGUACAUCCCGGAGCGCUGGUUGGGUGAGGAAGGGAAAGCAUUGCAGCCGUACUUCAUUGCCUUCUCAGCUGGCGCCCGUUCAUGCAUUGGACGCAACAUCUCGUACCUAGAGCAGGCCAAGAUUCUGGCGACCUUGGUACGCCGGUACGAGUUCGCUCUGCCGUCUCCGGAGUGGGAACUGCAGCGAGAGGAGACGAUGAAUCUUAUUUUGGGUGAUAUGCCUGUGAAGAUUUGGCGGCGAGAAGUACCGAUGGAUGACUCGUAGUCUUGGCUUUCUGCUCCAACUGGUUUACGUCUUCUCGCAUUACCUUUUCACCUUAGAUUUCGAGGCAUAAGGCAUAGAAUGAUCCAAUUGAUGACUGAUGACUUUUAUUUUUUG